AUGAAUCAUCAAGUAUUUGCUUUAUUUUGAUUCUAGAAAACUAGUUCGAUUACUAUUAGAGCUUAAAAUCAAGCAAAAAAGCAAAUUUAAAAAAGUUUACCUAUUUCUGAAGAUGUUUAAAGUAUUUUUAUUUUUAAAUUAAAGCAUAUACAAUAGGGUGUUCUAAAAGUAUUGGUGAUUAAAUUGUUUUACAUAAAUAUGUUGAUUUACCUUUUGUAGAUAGCUUAAGUAAAUUUCAUUUUGAACUUGAUUUCUCUUUGCUUUUGUUACCGAAAAGCAAAUAGGAAUUUUUAGAUGAAUAUAAGGAAGUUUUCCAAAAUUUAAACAUAGAUCAGCAUAUAAUUGAUAAAAUUGGAUAAUUUACAAUUAAUUCUGAAUAGAGAUUAUAAAUUAAAGAUAUUUCUGGAAGAAUAGGAUACCCAAGUUUAAUAAACAUAACAAAAGAAUGCGAAAAUCAAGUUCUAAAAAAAAAGAACGUAUAUAUUAUUGGUCUUUCAUCAUAAAUAUAAGUAGAACAAAAUAAUCAACUUUUUAGAGAUUUUUUGGUAAGCAAAGAAUUAUUUGAGAUAACAAAAAAGGCUAUAGUUUUAGGAUUAUGUUCAGGCUUAGAUAAGCUUUUUAAAUAAUCAUUUGAAGGAAAUAUUUCAAAGAAUGACUUUUAUAAGACUUUAUAUUCAAAAGAAUUGGAAUAAGUAAAAUUUUUAAUUUAUCGAUUAGGAAUUUUACGAAUUUUCUUUUAAAGAUUGCUUAUAUAUAAAAGUUAGAGAUGAUAAUAUAAAGGUUUAAAGUUAUUUACUUGUGGAAAACUCAAAAAAUAAAAUUAAUAUCUAAUCAACUAAAGAUUUAAGAGAUAUCUAAUCAUAUGAAAAAUGUAGAAAUUCAUUUUCAGUUGAUAAGUUAAAAAAAUCAUUAGAAAUUGGAAACUCAAGAGAUAAAUUUACUAUUGGAAGAAACAAAUCCUCUGAUAUAUAAUUUAAAUCUACAGCAGUUUCUAAUUAUCAUGGAAUGAUAUAAUACAUUCAAAAAAGGAGAAAAUGGAUUAUUAUUGACGGAUAUUAAAGCGAUAGAGAAUGGAAGUAUAGUUCAUAUGGAAUAUGGCUAGUGAUGAAACCAUAAUAAAAAUAUUAUUUGAAUUAUGGAUAAAUGAUAAAAGUUUAAAAUUUGUAAAUUAUUUUCAUUUGA